AACCCGUGUUGUCGGCGUAUGUUUGCGGCUAUGAUGAACAUUUAGCAUUCUGUAAAUGGCGGCUGGGCCUUCAGCAGGCGUAGUUUCGCUGCUGCUCGGCGCAGGCCUCCUGCUGCUCUCCAGCUGCGCCGGCAAAUAUGUGCUGGGAAAUGCACUUGGACAGCCAUGGUGUGAAGCGUUUACAGCGGCGGCGCUGCUGUUCAUCCUGCGUUGUGGAGGCCAGCGGAGCUCCGGCGGGACCUGCAACAUCUCUUCCUCCGCUGGGCCCUCUUCGUCCGAGGUUCUGCUUGGCACGGCGCUGGGCUGCCUGCUGGGCGGGGUCAGUGCGUACACGGGCGCCUGGACCACGCUGCUGGCGCUGGUGGCUGCGGCGGCAGUGCUCAUUCAUGCGCCGCCCUGCCCCCAGCGCUCAGCAGCCGCCCCCAUAAGCCCCGGCCGCAGCCCCAAGGGCGGUGCGGGCACCCCCAAAGGUGGCCACUCAGCGUCCUCCGCUGCUGUUUCCUCCGAUGCCUUACCCCCCGGCUGCGGCUCCGUGCCCAGUCUGGGUUUCUGGCAGCUGCUGCUGGCCGCGCUGUUCUUCACUGCACGAGCCGCCACUGCAUCGGGAGCCGGGCUGGCGGGCUGCGCGGCGGCGGCCGCCAGCCACCUGGUGGCGCUGGUGGCGGCGGCGGAGCUGCUGGUGGCGCUGGCGCCGCCUGGCAGGACCAGCCCCACCGCUGGGAGCACAGGCAGUGGCGGCGCCGCUGCGGAGUUGGGUGGCGCCGUGGGCUCGGUGGCGGGGACGCCACGGCUGCACCGAAGCAGCUCGGGCGCGACCAGCCCCGUGUUCGGGGGCACGGUGCAGGCACACUUGAAGGAGCUGGGGCCGGGGCUGGCCUCGCCCUAUUACUCCCUGAAGCGCAGUGCCAGCACCGGCGCCGCCUUCAUGCUGGCAGGGGCGGGGGGGCAGCCAUCCGCAGCGGCCACCGCAGCAGCAGCAGCAGCAGCCUUCGUGGCCGGGCCAGGCGACGGCAGCGGGCGGUCGGCUGCGCAUGCCCUGCUGCCACUGCUGCCGCAGGUGAGCGAGGGCGACGACCUGCCGCAGGACGCCGCGUGUAUCGUGGGCGUGGGGGCAGGGCAGGGAUCUGGCCUGGGGGCGUCCAGUCACAACGUGCAUCUACAGCACCAGCUGCAGCAGCGCCAGGGUCAGGGUCAGGGCCUGCAGCGCUCCGGGUCGACGGCCGACGCGGCUCUGGCCGGCACCACAGCAGGGCGGUGCAGCAGCAUGCCGCACACGAAGGCGCGAGGGGCGCAGGAAGGUGCCGUGGACAGCCCCUGGCGCCGAGCGCAGUCGGCGCGGGUGUAUGCUGGAGGCGCGCCGGACGGUGCUUCGGCACCUGUGCCUGCAGGCGCGGGCGCCGCCGCCUCGCCGGCACCAGGGCGCUCCCAGCCUCCGCAGGGGGCGGUGUCGCCGCUGCUGGGUCCGGUGGGCUUGGUGGAUGGCGGCGGGGUGCGGGCCGGAGACUCGGCCGGGGCGCACAUGUACCCGGGGGUGGCGGGCACUGCGGCUGUAGCAGCAGGCGGCACAGCGCCUGCCGCGGCUGGCGGCUCUCGCCGCACCCCGGCCGGCCUGCAUUGCUGCAGCAGCCUCAACACCGACCCCGGCAUGACCGACUGUGGAGCAGGGGCGGGCGGGCGCGGUGCUGCCCCUGCCCUUGCCCUGACCGUGGGCUCUCUGUCCGGCCCACACGACAUGUCCGGGAGCGGCCUGCACGCGCUGGAGGCCGGGGUGGGGCCGGGUGUGGCGGCGGCCGCCAGUGCCGGCCUGCCGGGAUGUCAGCCAGGGUCGCCUCACAACUACGUAGGCGUCGAAGCUGCAGGCGCACGUGCGGACACAGAGGCAGCGGCACGCAGAGUUGGCGGCACGAGUCAGCAGCCGCGGCCGGCGGCGGGCGCACCGCUGGUCCCCGUGUCCGAGCUGCUGCCCGAGGGCCGCGGCACGGGGGCUGCUGGCGGCGGCUCCCGCUACGGCCACGGACACGGCCGGGAUGACUCGGGGUCGGGGUCGGGGUCGGGCAGCUGCAGUGACGGCGGCAGUGAGGGCAGCGAGGAGGAGGACGAGGGCGAGUACGCGGGCGGGCGCUGGGGCCAGGGCGGGGCCGGCGGCCGCGCAGUGGAGGCCAGUGAUGACGACUGCUUCUCAUUGGCGCUGGAUGGAGUCGGUGCCGGGGGUGGAGGCGGAGGUCCUGGAUGGGCCGAGGGGCAGCUGGGCAACGGGGAGCAGGCGCCAUGCGCUGGCGCCACACGAGAGCGACCGGGGCAGCUGAGCGCCACUGAGGGGCCGGCGGCAGGCAAGACGCGGCCGGCUGGGCGGCAGCGCCGCAGCGUGUCCCCUACUAAGCGCCUGCAGCUGCAGCAGCGGCAGCAGCUGCACCACUCAUCUGCUGUGGCGGCGGCGGUUGCGGCGGCGGCAGCGGCGGCGGCUGGUGACCUAGGGCUGUGUGCUCUGGGCGGGCCGGGCGCCACCAAGGCUGCUGUGGAUGCGGCGUACGGCGGCGGCUAUGACGUGGCAGACCUGGCAGACCUGGAGGACCUGAUGUCCCUGGAGGAGGUGGAGGCGGUGGCGGCAGCGGCCGACCAGGAGCACCAGUCGCCCGGACACCACCACACCCACUCACCUGAACUGGCUCACUGCCCACACGCCGCCGGCGGAGGUGCAGGCGCAGGCAGCAUGCGGCCGCCAGGGCCACGCCCUCCGCGGCUGCAGCUGCGGCAGUCAGGCACUAGCGCCGGUGUGGGUGCGGGACUGGGCACAGGCGGCGGCGGCGGCGGCGGGCCCUGCAGCCUGGCGCCUAGUGCUGCCGCCGCCACCGAGGGCGACUCGCACUGGGCCUACGCACCCACCAGUGUCACCAGCCGCCGCACGCCGGGCGGACCCCUGGCCGCCACGCCCCACACCGCGCAGCCGCAGCUCCAGCACCAGCAGUCGCUGCCCUCACAGCAGCAGCAGCGCCCGCCCGGGGGCGCUGGCGGGCAGGGGUCACGGCAGCCGCUGGGGUACGCGGGUCAGGGGCCAGGGCCGGGCGCGGACAAGCGGCAGUUACUGGCAGCUGGCGACGGCGGCGAGGGCGCAGUCAGGGUGCCGGGCUCUGGUGCCGCCAUGCACUGGCAAGUCGGGGAAGGCGAGGAGGAGGAGGGGGGCCUGCAGGAGGAGAGCUCUGAGGAGCGGCAGUGGCGCUACCACGGCACAGGCGGUGUGCCGCUGCAGGAGGACACGCUGGCCCGCCACACCGCCGCCACCUACUUCGCGCCGCCAGCGCACCCGCUCACCUACGUGCGCCUUCCGGGGCUGCCGGCGUGGGCCGCGCCGGGGCCGGCGCCCCGCCCGUGCCAGGACAUUCAGGGGCAGGGCCCCCAGCAGCCCCAGCCCCUGCCCCCGCAGCAGCCCACGCCCCUCGACCCGGAUCACGGCGAGGCGCACAGCCACAGCCACAGCCGCCACGUGGCCCUGUGCCAGCAGCACUACCACCUGUAUGAGGAGGCGCUGGCGGCGGCGCCCGGUGCAGGGGCAGGGGCACGGGCAGGGGCAGGGGCGGCCGCAGGCGAGGCGUAUCAGCAGCAGGCGUGUCAGCAGCAGGCGCUGCUGCUGGCUGCGGGCGCUGCUGCCGCCAGUGCCGGCCUGACGCCCACGGCCUCGCUGGAGCUGCUGGACCUGUUCCUGAGGGACGCGGCGGCGCUGGCGGCGGCGGCAGCGCAGGCGGACAGGGCGGAGGCAUGGGUGGCUGCAGGGGAGGCGGGUGCAGGGGCCGCAGCUGGGCGGGAGGGCCGUCAGGCGGCGGCCGCUGUGGCGGGGCGCUGCAGCCGCCCGCUGCGGCAGCGCGGCGAGCUCCAGCACCAGCUCCAGCAGCACCAGCAGUACACCAGCCGCCUGCAGCCGCAGCACCACCUUGACCAUCGGAUGGGGGCCGGGGGCUACGAGCACGGAGGGGAGGAGGGCAGUGCCGGCGAGCAUGGCGAGGAGGAGGGGGAGGGGGAGGAAGAGGGCGAGGGGGAGCAGGACGACGACACGGAGGACACGGAGGAGGACUUGGAAGACCACCACCACUAUCACCACCACCACCACCAGCAGCAAGUGAACGGUGGGUACCUGUGGGGCGGCCGCGUCAGCCACAGCCACGCGCAUCAGCGCAAGCUGUCCGCGGGGCAGCUGUUCGCGCGGCAGUACUACGGCAUCGGCCUCAGCAUCAGCGGUGGCGGAGGAGCGGCUGGAGGUUUUGCAGGUGGCAAGGGCGGCGCGGAGCCGCUGCAGCUGGGCCCCACGGGUAUGCAGGCACUGCAGAUGCAGCUGCAGGGCUCCCCGCCGCCGCCGCCCCACCGCAUCAGUGCCGAUUUGGCCCAGCCGCCGCCCCCACCGCACUCCCACAUGUAUCUGGGUCGCGGCGGCAUAAACCUCAACCUCAACUACCACACCGCAGCCGCCACCACCAGCGCCAAAGGCCCGCACGCCGGGCCAGCACAGCACCAGUACACACAGGCGCUGCAGCCACAGGACUUGCAUCACGGCCACGAGCCGCUGCCCCUGCUGCAGCCGCGCCGCUCUGGCGCCACCGCUGCCAGCGCCGAGCCCUGGCUGGGCGGCCACCCGCACCACCACUACCAGCCCCACCACUACGCCAGCCCCCAGCAGACCCAGGGCGCCGAGGGCUGGCAACCCGGCCUGCCCUCCUCCACAGCCGUGCUGCCGCCGCCGCCGCGGCACUCGCUGGACAGCGCCCGACCGCUGGCCGCCAGCCUUCAGCAGCGGCAGCAGCAGCAGUAUGCACUUCAUGCGCACCAGCAGGCCCAGGCUCAGGGUCAGGUGGGAGGCACGCACCCGCAGCACCUGCAGCAACAGCGCCACGACGUCUACCCGGAAGCCUCGCCGCACCACCCGGCGCACCACCACCACCCACAACAACAAGAGCAGCACCGUCACCAGCUGCAUCACGCCCAGCCAACACCGCCACCGGCUCGUCAGCAGCCACAGCCACAGGUGUUGGGCGUGCCGGCUCAUGCCUCCGGCACGGCCUCGGCUGGUCCCCCGCCGCCGCCUCCCCCGCUGCCUGUGUCGGCCUUUGUGGCGGUGCAGCCGGGGCUGGACUGGGACUGGGAGGACCUGGAGACCUUUGGCCUGGAAGACACCUCGCCGCCACAGCCAGGGGCGGCAGCAGCAGCAGGCGGUGCGGCAGGCCCGGCAGGGGCAGCUGCGGGAGGAGGAGGGGGGGCAGCAGCGGUCACGCCCGGCCGCCCGCAGGGUCCGACCCUGGUUCAGCCGUUUGCCGGCGCGGGCUGCAGCGGCGGCCUGCCCUACCGCUCCCUGUCGCACAGCCUGCUGUGGCCCACCGGCGCCUCGGGGCCCUCGCCCUCGCCCGGGGGCAGUUUGCAGCUGCCCGCCCACCCGCACCCACACCACCUGCCGCAGCCCGGUGGCCGGAUGGCGUCCGCAUCCAUGUCUGCAGCAAGGACGCCGGGUGGGUUCUGGGCUUCAGCAGGAGCCUCGGCGGCGACAGGAGGGGCUGGCGGCGGGGCUGCUGCUCAGGCCGCGGCCACAGCCACUGCGACCGCCACUGCGCAAGGGCGGGAGGUGGGCGCGGCCGGCGCGGCCAGUGCUUCGGCUGCGGCACCACAGGCGGCGUCCGGGCUGACCUCGUCUGGGGCUGGGGCUGGAUCUGGGGCUGCUGGAGCCUGUGAGGGCACUGGCGGUGGCGGCCACGCGGCGGCACAAGCGUCUCCUGGCGUUGAUGCAGCAGCGGGCGGCGGAGGGGACGGUGGGUCGCCGGAGUUGCCGCACGCGCCCUCGGGCUCAACCAUGGUCACCCGACUGACAUUCCCCUCGGAGGCGGCGGAGCACUGGCACUGACACAGAGUCUGCACACGCUUUAGCAUGAACGCAUGCCGCCAGAGGCUCAGCGGGGCGGAUUCGAUCCGGUGCGGCGUGCUGUGCUGUACGUGCAAGGACAACAGCGGCCGAGUUUAACCCAAGACGACCAUACGGUAUCGGGGAGAGCAAUGAGAACAGCGAGCAAGCGAGGGGUGGGAACGCGGCGGGUGCAGCCAGCUUGCAGAGAGAGGCGAGAGUCAGGGUAGAGUCUCAAUCAGCACCGGACCGGGCUGGGCCAGAUGUGGUGAUGGGCCGCCGCCGCCGGACGGACGGACCUGACGGAUUGCGGGGUGGGCUGAGCAUCUCGCUCAGCGGUGUUGGUGGGUGGUUGUCGCCCACGUAUUGUGGACCAGCCAGUUGGGCGUCUUCGGAACGUGUUUACAUCAGGUGCAUAGGCAGCGCGGGGAGGCUCUUCCAGGCCAUGGAAGCAGAACUCCAACAAGACAGCCGACGUACCGUGGAGGCAUGGGGAGUAGCAGUUCCAUGCAGCUUAUGGUUAUGAAGGGUUGACGAAUGCGGACCGCUCUGUCGUGUUGAGUUUCACAUCUGGUUUGCAGCGUCAGGGCGUGAAGCGUCCUAAAGUAUUUAUCUAAUGCGUGAGCGGAAUGUGGGGGAGGCCUUGGGGGAAGCUGAAUGUGGCACCUUACUCAUGUGGGGGUACAGGCAGGGGGCGUGGCAGCCCUUGCGUGCGGGGUGCGGGGCUCAUUAUGGGCACUUUGGGAGCGGGGGAGCGGAUGCGGCCGGACCCAUGCGGCUCGUUUAGGUGCUGCGGGGAGUAGAGAGGGCUGGCGAUAGAACUGGGUGGGAGACGGCGGAACAUGAACUGCAGCGGGGUUUAUAGACUUUAUACUGACUGAAGCGGCACCGACUGCUUUUAUCACCAGCUUAACACCUGUGGGCGUGACCUGUGGGGGAGCGAGAGACACACGUAACCGGACGGACAUGGACGUGACACGGACACACAGGGGGCUCGCUGACGCGUAUGGGCUGGCGCUGUGGUGGCUUUGACACAGGUGCAUCGGACGUGCAUGGGACAUGAGCUGCGGUAUUCAGCGCUGCGUGCAGUCGAACAUUCAGUUGUAGGGGGCGCUGUGGCCGGCAUGUAAAUCCAGUGCCAUGUGGGGUAAGUAGGCCCCCUGUGACCCCAUGUGGUGAGUGUCGGCAAGACCGGCACCGCCGCCGGUCCGCCGCAGCGCGUUGCGGUGUUACCCCAACCGCCCUUCCCUCCAUGUAAAGCCAUUGUAAAGCU